UCAAGUUCGCACGCGACAACAUUCGCAAACUACGCACAGUCAUGAAAGGAAAAUUGUUGUACGCUGUCUUAACUUUCGUUGCUUCCGCAUCGGCAUCUUCCGUGUAUGCCGGCAUCGAUCCAACCAAGAUGUACGCUGGAGGCGAAAUAACAUUUCCGCGAAUUCCCGGGAUCAAUGCACCGAUUUUUAACUUUGGAAGUUUAUUCAACACAUCCCACACCAAUUCCGAGCCUGACAACAGUACCAGCUCGUCCAACUACACCGGAUCGCCCUUCGGACCGUUCACUCCCUUCCUUAACCUGAUUCCAGGCUUCAAUCAACUCGUUCCAAAAAAUGGACAAACCAAUCUUCCUAGAUUUCCCAGUAUUGAGAGUGUCAUCUCGAAGAUUCCUGGCAUUGGUACUAAAAAUAUCACCGUACCUACGAUCAACAUACCAAGAAGCAAUGGCCCUUAUAUUCCGGGAGUGUCCGAAGCUUUAACUGAAGCUCGACGGCAUCUUCAAGCUGCUCUCAACAUCACUAACGAUUUCAGCACUGGAUUUCGAGAUGUUAUACAGGUAGCUUUGAAUGGUGAUAACCCUGUCGCUGGUAUUAGAGUCAUUCUUGACACCAUCGCCAGAGUAUACGGUACGGUUGCUGCCAAUUGUCCGCUAAUCAUUAUUGGCUCUAGAGUUUUUGCUGAAGGUAUUAGGUUAGCUGGCGAAGUCAUGACGUCGUUGGCUAACAUAGCUGUCGGUUAAUAAAGCUAUUUUAUGUUAACGUUAAGAGCUUUGAAUAAAUUGUAUUAAAUAAUAAGCAUGGCCAUUA